AAAUUAAAACAACAUUAAUUUUUUUUCUUACCAAAAUUUGAAGAACAAAAUGUCUAGAACUAACAAAAUGAAGAGAGUCACUGACCCGUUAGACGACAAAGUGAAGGCCCGAAUCGUCGGCGGCUGCAAUCUCCGGGAACUCGGUUACCUCAGCAGCGGCAGCGAACACAGCGCCGACACUGAUUACGACUCCGCUUCAGUUUCCCCUAGCUUCUCCGAUCUCAUUUUUGGCUUCCCUGAUGAUGUGGUUUUAAAUCAGUGGCCGGAAAAUGACUCCGACUCCGACGAGUCCGUGCGUGAAUCAGUUGUUUUUGAUGAAAACUUGCCGCCGGUGAUUUUUCAGAGCGAUACGGAUUCGUUUAGGAACAUGCUGUGCUCUCACGUUUACAAAGCACUGGAAAUGUUCUCGUGUUCGAAAUCGAAUGUUUUGCUAUUUCGGAGGAGUGUGAUGAUGUAUUUGAGAGAUUUAGGUUAUAAUGCUGCUAUAUGUAAAGCUAAAUGGGAGAGUUCCGGCGGACUUACUGCCGGAAGCUACGAGUACAUUGACGUACUCCGAUCGGAUUCUGUCAACCGGCAAACUCGUUACUUCGUCGAUUUGGACUUCGCGGUGGAGUUCGAGAUCGCGAGGCCGACGAACUUCUACGAGCGGUUAUCUCAGUCGCUGCCGAAGGUUUUCGUCGGAAAAAGCGAGGAAUUGAAGCAUAUAUUGAGGACGAUGAGCGACGCCGCAAGGCGAUCGUUGAAGAGCAGAGGAUUACAUCUUCCGCCGUGGAGGAAACACCGUUUCAUGCAGAACAAAUAUCUCGGUCCGUACAAACGGACGGCGAAUCUAAUCCCGUCGGCGAACACUCCGGCGCUGUUGCCUCCAUUGAAGCAGGCAUACGCCGUGAAGUGCCGGUCUGUCGGCUUCGACUCCGCUUCCGUCAACGGCGGGCUCUGGUUUCCGGCGGUUACCCAGACUAGAUGAUGACAAAAUUAAUUUAAUAAGUAUAUUUAGCAUUUCUUUUUAGAGUUGUCGUUUAGUGUUGAACAAAACGUUGUCGUUUUGUUACCAUGUGAAAGAGAUAAAAUGAUUAUCCACAUUGUGUAACGCGGCAAAUGCCCAUUGUGUGCUAUUGUUUUGUUUAUUUAGCAAAAGAUCCACGUGCUAACAGCUCAUGAUCUAAGGACCGUCAGAUUGAUGGAGUAAGAUUGAUCAAUGGUCAUAACUUUUUUGACUUUUGUAAUAACUAUGAUAGUGGAAUAUUAUUUAAUGGAUUGAUGGUCCCAAGGAAUAAAUUAAUUUA